AUGUUGGCUUCUUUAGUUUUACGUCGCUUGUCGGCCCGUGUUGACCAACUGCAGGUGCAUUUGGUGCAGCUUCAGCAGGCUGCCGGCGUGAUGCCUGUGGAUCAGGCUCUCGUGUUGGUCAGGCCGCUGGCCGCACGACCUGCCCACGUAUUUGAUCCGUAUGCCCUGAUUGGGGCGCUCGAAAAUCUCGAUGAUGUGGCCCGCCGAUCCGCGCAUCAGGAUGUGCGCCGUUUUGCUGCGGUUCUAUCUAAUUGUAAGAAGCUGCCCAUGAACCCCAGAUUGGGGGAUUUUGUCACUCAAGUGUUAGGAGAUGCGGUGGAAAACGAUGUCGCUAAGUUGAUGGUGAAGGUAUAUAAGUCUUCACACCAACCAAUGCGUUUUCCACCGCCGCUGUCGGAGAGUUCCUAUGUCAGACCGUCGCUUUCUCCAAGAGGGGGUGGCUCUAGAUUUUCAACUCCUUUGAGGUGUUUUCGUUGUCGGCGUAUUGGACAUUUUGCGCGUAAUUGCCCAGAUAAAUGA